AUGCACCGAGAAGUGCUCCACCAUCUCGCCCGCCGUGGCUACGAAGCCAUGAGCACCACCGAGUCUCGCCAAACAAUUACAGCUGAUGUCAGCCCUGUCGAGAUGCUUCCUCUCAUCCUCACUGGCGCGCUCUUCGCCUUUCUUCUGGCUUCGAUCAGAUACACCCUGGGAGGUGUUGUCGCCAGCUUGGCCAUGAUCGAGGACCGCCAGACCACCGUUGUUGAAACUCGCACUCUUGCUGUCGACGAAAAGGAGGAUCCCGAUGCUCCUCUGGACAAAGCCCGCCUGAUUGAUGAAGAAGUCAUGGUUAUCAACCAGACUCCUCUGACUUCCAGUAUCCGCAAGACCAUCGCCCACCUGACUUCUGUCGGAGGCUUCAGAGCUCGCUGGAGAGGACUUGGCGCUGCCCUUAUCUACAAUCUCGUUCACUCUUUGACUGUUAGCUUCAUUGCCAUGUUUGUUGCCGCCUUCACAGGCCUGCCCGUUGUUGGCCGUGUCUUGGCCAAUAUCCUUGCCAAUAUCCUGCUGGCCCGCAUCCACAUGGUUUGGACUCACACUGUCAUCUCUGAGCCCUCAUCCUUGACCUGGUCUCAGCGUCUUGCUCAGACCGACAGAACCAUGUUCCGUGCUUUGGCUCUGCCUACCCUGGUUCACUCUAUUGCCGAGCUCGCCACCUAUGGCCUGCCUGUUGCCAUGUUCCUCUUCGUCGGUCCUGAGAUCAGCGCCGACAGAGAGACCGAGCAGUUGGUCCUCAGAGCUGCUACAUCACUUGCCGCCUUUGCCUUGCUCAAUGUCCUCAUCCUGCUCCCUGCUACCGUGACCCGUACCCGUAUUGAGGCCAGCUUCCUUCACGAGGACAGCAAGACUAUCGUUCCUUUCGACCGCACCUUCAACGGUGCCGUCAACAUGCUCNNUCUGGACAGCCGUGCUGGUCGCAAGAGUCUCUUCAUUGAGGCUUGGCGCUCAUUCGACAUGGCCAGCAGAAUUCGCUUGGUCAAGUUCUUCGUCAAGGAAGCCGCCAUCGAGCUCUUCUUCUCCGUCUCUGCUACCAUCGCCAUUGGUGCCCAGGUUGUUGCCUUGGGCAUGUACAAGGACAGCGUUGCUGUCGGCAUGGACGGCAUGUAA